CGGGCUCCCUCCCGGUGACGCGCCGUGGCCCCGCCCCGCGCUGGACCGCCGAGGUAGCCGCACCUGAGAGCUCUGAAAGGGGAAGGGGGAACCCGUGUCCCCUCCCCAUCUUCCCGCUUCCAGUUCCAGCUGGCGCCCCCCAGACCAUGGCAGCUGUGACCGUGUCGCUGCCCGGUCGGAAGGCGCCCCCCAGGCCGGGCCCAGUGCCCGAGGCGGCCCAGCCGUUCCUGUUCGCGCCCCGCGGGCCGGGCGUGGGGAGCGGGCCGGGGGGCUCGGCCACCUCCCCGCAAGUGGAGUGGACUGCGCGGCGCCUGGUGUGGGUGCCUUCGGAACUGCACGGGUUCGAGGCGGCGGCGCUGCGGGAUGAGGGCGAGGAGGAAGCCGAGGUGGAGCUGGCCGAGAGCGGGCGGCGGCUGCGGCUGCCGCGGGACCAGAUCCAGCGCAUGAACCCGCCCAAGUUCAGCAAGGCCGAGGACAUGGCCGAGCUGACCUGCCUCAAUGAGGCCUCGGUCCUGCACAACCUCCGCGAGCGCUACUACUCCGGCCUCAUCUACACCUACUCCGGCCUUUUCUGUGUGGUCAUCAACCCAUACAAGCAGCUUCCCAUCUAUACAGAGGCCAUCGUGGAGAUGUACCGGGGCAAGAAGCGCCACGAAGUGCCGCCUCACGUGUACGCAGUGACCGAGGGGGCCUACCGAAGCAUGCUCCAGGAUCGUGAGGAUCAGUCCAUUCUCUGCACCGGGGAGUCGGGGGCUGGGAAGACAGAAAACACCAAGAAAGUCAUCCAGUACCUCGCCCACGUGGCAUCGUCACCAAAGGGCCGGAAGGAGCCUGGUGUCCCGGCCUCUGCCAGCACCGUGUCUUAUGGUGAGCUGGAGCGGCAGCUGCUUCAGGCCAACCCCGUCCUGGAGGCCUUUGGCAACGCCAAGACCGUAAAGAAUGACAACUCCUCCCGAUUCGGCAAAUUCAUCCGCAUCAACUUCGACGUGGCCGGGUACAUCGUGGGCGCCAACAUCGAGACCUAUCUGCUGGAGAAGUCGCGGGCCAUCCGCCAGGCCAAGGACGAGUGCAGCUUUCACAUCUUCUACCAGCUGCUGGGGGGCGCUGGAGAGCAGCUCAAGGCCGACCUCCUCCUGGAGCCCUUCUCCCACUACCGCUUCCUGACCAAUGGGCCGUCGUCCUCUCCGGGCCAGGAGCGUGAGCUCUUCCAGGAGACGCUGGAGUCCCUGCGGGUCCUGGGAUUCACCCACGAAGAGAUCACCUCCAUGCUGCGGAUGGUCUCAGCGGUUCUCCAGUUUGGCAACAUCGUUCUGAAGAGAGAACGGAACACCGAUCAAGCCUCCAUGCCUGACAACACAGCUGCACAGAAGCUCUGCCGCCUCCUGGGCUUGGGAGUGACGGAUUUCUCCCGCGCCCUGCUCACCCCCCGCAUCAAAGUCGGCAGGGACUACGUGCAGAAAGCACAGACCAAGGAACAGGCCGACUUUGCACUGGAGGCCCUGGCCAAGGCCACCUACGAGCGCCUCUUCCGCUGGCUGGUCCUGCGCCUCAACCGGGCCCUGGAUCGCAGCCCCCGCCAGGGUGCCUCCUUCCUGGGCAUCCUGGACAUCGCCGGCUUCGAGAUCUUCCAGCUGAACUCCUUCGAGCAGCUCUGCAUCAACUACACCAACGAGAAGCUGCAGCAGCUCUUCAACCACACCAUGUUCGUGCUGGAGCAGGAGGAGUACCAGCGCGAGGGCAUCCCCUGGACCUUCCUCGACUUCGGCCUCGACCUGCAGCCCUGCAUCGACCUCAUCGAGCGGCCAGCUAACCCCCCGGGACUCCUGGCCCUGCUGGAUGAGGAGUGCUGGUUCCCAAAGGCCACGGACAAGUCCUUUGUGGAGAAGGUGGCUCAAGAGCAGGGUGGUCACCCCAAGUUCCAGCGGCCAAGGCACCUGCGGGAUCAGGCCGACUUCAGCGUCCUGCACUAUGCGGGCAAGGUCGACUAUAAGGCCAAUGAGUGGCUGAUGAAAAACAUGGACCCUCUGAAUGACAAUGUCGCAUCCCUGCUUCACCAGAGCACAGACAAGCUGACAGCAGAAAUCUGGAAAGAUGUGGAGGGCAUCGUGGGGCUGGAGCAGGUGAGCAGCCUUGGAGAAGGCCCACCCGGCGGCCGCCCCCGGCGGGGCAUGUUCCGGACUGUGGGACAGCUCUACAAGGAGUCCCUGAGCCGCCUUAUGGCCACACUCAGCAACACCAACCCCAGCUUCGUCCGCUGUAUCGUCCCCAACCACGAGAAGCGGGCGGGGAAGCUGGAGCCCCGGCUGGUGCUGGACCAGCUGCGCUGUAACGGCGUCCUGGAGGGCAUCCGCAUCUGUCGCCAGGGCUUUCCCAACCGCAUCCUCUUCCAGGAGUUCCGGCAGCGGUACGAGAUCCUGACACCCAAUGCCAUCCCCAAGGGCUUUAUGGAUGGGAAGCAGGCCUGUGAGAAGAUGAUCCAGGCCCUGGAAUUGGAUCCCAACCUCUACCGUGUGGGACAGAGCAAGAUCUUUUUCCGCGCUGGGGUUCUGGCCCAGCUGGAAGAGGAGCGAGACCUGAAGGUCACGGAUAUUAUCGUGUCUUUCCAGGCAGCUGCUCGGGGAUACCUGGCUCGCAAGGCUUUCCAGAAGCGGCAGCAGCAGCAGAGUGCCCUGAGGGUGAUGCAGCGGAACUGUGCAGCUUACCUCAAGCUGAGACACUGGCAGUGGUGGCGGCUCUUCAUCAAGGUGAAGCCACUGCUGCAGGUGACGCGGCAGGAUGAGGUGCUGCAGGCGCGGGCUCAGGAACUGCAGAAAGUGCAGGAGCUGCAGCAGCAGAGUGCCCGCGAGGUGGGCGAGCUCCAGGGCCGGGUGGCACAGCUGGAAGAGGAGCGUACCCGCCUGGCAGAGCAACUUCGAGCGGAGGCAGAACUGUGUGCUGAGGCUGAGGAGACCCGGGGGCGGCUGGCAGCCCGAAAACAGGAGCUUGAGCUGGUGGUGUCGGAGCUGGAGGCCCGUGUGGGCGAGGAGGAGGAGUGCAGCCGCCAGCUGCAAACUGAGAAGAAGAGGCUGCAGCAACAUAUACAGGAGCUGGAGGCCCACCUCGAGGCUGAGGAAGGGGCCCGGCAGAAGCUGCAGCUGGAGAAGGUGACGACGGAGGCAAAGCUGAAAAAGUUUGGGGAAGAUCUUUUACUCCUGGAAGAUCAGAACGCCAAGCUGAGCAAGGAGCGGAAGCUGCUGGAGGAACGUCUGGCCGAGUUCUCAUCCCAGGCAGCUGAGGAGGAGGAGAAAGUCAAGAGCCUCAAUAAGCUCCGACUCAAAUACGAGGCCACGAUUGCCGACAUGGAGGACCGCCUCCGGAAGGAGGAGAAGAGCCGCCAGGAGCUGGAGAAGCUGAAGCGGCGGCUGGACGUGGAGGGCUCCGAGCUGCAGGAGCAGAUGGUGGAGCAGCAGCAGCGCACCGAGGAGCUGCGGGCCCAGCUGGGCCGCAAGGAGGAGGAGCUGCAGGCCGCCCUGGCCAGGGUGGAGGAGGAGGGCGGGGCCCGGGCCCAGAUGCUCAAAUCCCUGCGGGAGGCACAAGCAGGGCUGGCGGAGGCCCAGGAGGACCUAGAAGCUGAGCGCGCGGCCAGGGCCAAGGCGGAGAAGCAGCGCCGGGACCUGGGCGAGGAGCUAGAGGCACUGCGGGGCGAGCUGGAGGAUACCCUGGACUCCACCAAUGCGCAGCAGGAGCUCCGGUCCAAGAGGGAACAGGAGGUGACAGAAUUGAAGAAGGCUCUGGAGGAGGAGACACGCAUUCACGAGGUGGCGGUGCAGGAGCUACGACAGCGCCAUGGCCAGGCACUGGGAGAGCUGGCAGAGCAGCUGGAACAAGCCCGGAGGAGCAAAGGUACAUGGGAGAAGACCCGGUUGGCUCUGGAGGCCGAAGUAUCUGAGCUACGGACCGAGCUAAGCAACCUGCAGACCACGAGGCAGGAGGGUGAGCAGCGGAGGCGCCGCCUGGAGUCACAGCUGCAGGAGGUGCAGGGCCGGGCUGGUGAUGGGGAACGGGCACGAGCAGAGGCUACUGAGAAGCUGCAGCGAGCUCAGGCUGAACUUGAGAACGUGUCUGGAGCCCUGAGUGAGGCCGAGUCCAAAGCCAUCCGGCUGAACAAGGAGCUGACCAGCAUGGAGGCCCAGCUCCACGAUGCCCAGGAGCUGCUGCAGGAGGAGACCAGGGCGAAGCUGGCCCUGGGGUCCCGGGCACGCGCUCUGGAGGCUGAGGCGGCAGGGCUACGGGAGCAGCUGGAGGAGGAGGCGGCUGCCCGGGAGCGGGCGGGCCGAGAGCUGCAGACGGCCCAGGCCCAGCUCUCAGAGUGGCGGCGGCGCCAGGAAGAGGAGGCAGGGGCGCUGGAAGCAGGGGAGGAGGCCCGACGCCGGGCGGCCCGAGAGGUUGAGGCCCUGACCCAGCGCCUGACUGAAAAGACGGAGGUGGUGGAGCGGCUGGAGCGGGGCCGACGGCGGCUGCAGCAAGAGCUGGACGACGCCACAGUGGACCUGGAGCAGCAGCGGCAGCUCGUGAGCGCGCUGGAAAAGAAGCAGCGCAAAUUCGACCAGCUCCUGGCAGAGGAGAAGGCAGCCAUUCUGCGGGCCGUGGAGGAACGUGAGCGGGUCGAGGCCGAGGGCCGGGAGCGGGAGGCUCGGACCCUGUCCCUGACUCGGGCGCUGGAGGAGGAGCAGGAGGCCCGGGAGGAGCUGGAGAGGCAGAACCGCGCGCUGCGGGCCGAGCUGGAGGCGCUGCUGAGCAGCAAGGACGACGUCGGCAAGAGCGUACAUGAGCUGGAGCGAGCCCGACGGGUGGCCGAACAAGCAGCCAGCGACCUGCGAACACAGGUGACAGAGCUGGAGGACGAGCUGACGGCCGCCGAGGAUGCCAAGCUGCGCCUGGAAGUGACCGUGCAGGCUCUCAAGGCACAGCACGAGCGUGACCUGCAGGGCCGGGAUGAGGCUGGUGAGGAGAGGCGACGGCAGCUGGCCAAGCAGCUGCGGGAUGCAGAGGUGGAACGCGAUGAGGAGCGCAAGCAGCGCGCCCUGGCCGUGGCCGCCCGCAAGAAGCUGGAGGCGGAUCUGGAGGAGCUGAAGGCUCAGACCGUGGCCGCCGGGCAGGGCAAGGAGGAGGCCGUGAAGCAGCUUCGCAAGAUGCAGGCCCAGAUGAAGGAGCUGUGGCGGGAGGUGGAGGAGUCGCGCAGCUCCCGAGAGGAGAUCUUUGCCCAGAACCGGGAGAGUGAGAAGCGCCUCAAGGGGCUGGAGGCCGAAGUGCUGCGGCUGCAGGAGGAACUGGCGGCCUCAGACCGGGCCCGGCGGCAGGCCCAGCAGGAGCGGGACGAGAUGGCAGAUGAGGUGGCCAAUGGCAGCCUCAGCAAGGCCGCCAUUCUGGAUGAGAAGCGUCAGCUGGAGGGGCGCCUGGGGCAAUUGGAAGAGGAGCUGGAGGAGGAGCAGAGCAAUGCAGAGCUGCUCAAUGACCGCUACCGCAAACUGCUCCUGCAGGUGGAAUCACUGACCACAGAGCUGUCAGCUGAGCGCAGCUUCUCAGCCAAGGCAGAGAGUGGGCGGCAGCAGCUUGAGCGGCAGAUGCAGGAGCUGCGGGGGCGCCUGGGUGAGGAGGAUGCUGGGGCCCGGGCCCGACAGAAGAUGAUCAUUGCUGCCCUGGAGUCUAAGCUGGCCCAGGCUGAGGAGCAGCUGGAGCAGGAGAGCAGGGAGCGCAUCCUCUCUGGCAAGCUGGUCCGCAGGGCCGAGAAGAGGCUUAAGGAAGUGGUGCUCCAGGUGGAGGAGGAGCGGAGGGCGGCUGACCAGCUCCGGGACCAGCUGGAGAAGGGGAACCUGCGAGUGAAGCAGCUGAAGCGGCAGCUGGAGGAGGCGGAAGAGGAGGCGUCCCGGGCUCAGGCGGUCCGCCGGCGGCUGCAGCACGAGCUGGAGGAUGUCACAGAGGCCUCCGAGUCCAUGAACCGGGAGUUGAACACGCUGAGGAACCGGCUCCGACGCGGCCCGCUCACCUUCACCACCCGCACGGUGCGCCAGGUCUUCCGACUGGAGGAGGGCGUGGCCUCGGACGAGGAGGCGGUGGCGGAGGAGGCGGAGCCGGGGUCUGGCCCGCCUCCCCCGGAGCCCGACGGGUCCCCCGCGGCCGUGCCCCAGUGACGCCACCCUGCCCCCAGCCACCGGGCUCUCCCUCCCUGGCCCCCUGGGUGCCUGUCCCACGAACCGCCCCCUGGAUUCUUGCACUUUGGAAAUGGUGCCACCCUCUGGCAUGACAGCACUUAUCAACCCCACCCCGGGGGUCCCCUGAGGCUUCCCCUGAGCCCCUAAACACUGAGGAGUCGGCAAGCAGGGGGCCAGGGACUCGGGUGCUCUCGCUUGGGAGAAAUUCGGGUGUAGUUGGCGAGCUGGGCUCCCAUCCAGCCCCAGAUCCUUCUCCGUUAUGAGUGACCUUUAUUAGGAAGGGAGCUUGGCUCCCCUGCCCUCCUCAGCCUGGGCUCCCACACCUCCUCCGCCGCCACCAGCCGCUGACCUCCCAGACUUCCGAGCGAGAGCACCCUGAGCCCCGGGCCACCACCAGUCUUGAACCGUUGCAGAGGGGCGGGAUAAGGGGACCCCUCUCACGCCCCCUCCCCUCCUGCUCCACCCUCCCUUUUGGUUGCUCUUGUGUGAUCACGGUUCAGUUGGAGUUUUGCGUGGGGGCUGGAGGAGGCGCCCACACCCUCCCGACCUCCAAGCUCUGGCAGAAAUAAACUCCAACCCCAGCUGGA